UUAACUAUUAUAAUAUAUAUUUAACACCCCAAUUUAAAUGAGUAUUUGAUUUGACCGUGUCAGGCUGUCAGCACUGAAUGGGUUAAACCGGCAGCCGUAAGUAUACGUCACUGUUACGUUUUCUUUGUACACGGAAGAAACCGGAGAAAUCAGCGGAGGACAAGAAGGAGAGCGUCUCAGUGCCUCUCCUCCAUCCACGGUUGGUCCUAAGCAAUGCUCCAGAGAAAAUGGGACAAGCUUUGUGUAUCUGCUCACGCAGCGUCAUCACAAUCGACAACAAGAGAUACUUCUUCAUCCAGAAACUAGAAGAAGGAGGUUUCAGCUAUGUUGACCUGGUCGAGGGUGCACAUGAUGGACGCUUCUACGCUCUGAAGCGAAUCCUUUGCCAUGACCGCGAGGCCCGUAAGGAGGCUCAGACCGAGGUGGAGAUGCACCGCCUCUUCAACCACCCCAACAUCCUCAGCCUGACCUCACACACCUUCAUGGAGCGCGGCGGGAAGUGUGAGGCCUGGCUGUUGCUCCCGUACAUCAGUAAGGGAAGUCUGUGGUCUGUUCUUGAGAAGCUGCGUGAUAAGGGGAGCUCUAUGCCUGAGAGUCGCAUCUUGCAGAUUCUGCAUGGCAUCUGUGAAGGCCUCAAAGCAAUUCAUGACAAAGACUAUGCACACAGAGAUUUGAAACCCACCAACGUUUUACUGGAUGAGAACGAUCAGCCUUUUUUAAUGGAUUUGGGCUCCAUGAACAAGGCCAGGAUUGAAGUUCGAGGGUCACGGGAGGCCAUGACAGUCCAGGAUUGGGCUGCUCAGAGGUGCACCAUCUCCUACAGAGCACCAGAGCUCUUUAAUGUGGAGAGUCACUGCAUCAUUGAUGAGAGAACAGAUAUUUGGUCUCUAGGUUGUGUGCUGUAUUGUAUGAUGAUGCUGGAAGGACCGUAUGACUUGAUAUUUCAGAAGGGAGACAGUGUGGCUCUCGCCGUCCAGAAUCCAGUCUCCAUUCCACAGCCGUGCAGUUAUUCUCAAGGUCUUCAAACCCUUCUCAGCUCCACUAUGGUGACCAAUCCUCAGGAAAGGCCCAGAAUCAGCUGGGUGCUUGACCAGGUCCAGAAUCUUCGGGGCUCAGACGGUACAGAUGUAGACACCAACAGAGUAUGAUGCUACCACUGAGAUUUCAUGCCUGUUUUCCAGUGGACUCCAGACAUUUUGGACUAUGCACUCUCUCUUCCGGACAAAAAUCACAAGCCUUGCAAACAUUUGCUCUCUCUUACCUCAGUGAGCUCAGCAUGCCUUAGUUACACACGCAAAUUUGUUGGCGAAUCUCACAUUUUUACCCCAAAAUCUGUUUUGAGCAAUUAAAUUAUCUGAUGAUUUUGGGGUAAAAUAUGAGCUGGGCAUGUUCCUGAUUUAUGCCACGCAAACCACACGAGAGGGCAAAAACUCUGUUCACCACAGUGGCACCUGUUACGUAUCAUCAAACUGGUUGUUUUCUGAUUGUAAUUUGGCUUCUGUGUCUUUUUCCACAUUUCUUAGCUUGUACAUUCUUAGGAACCAAAAAAAUAUUUAGUGCUGCAGGGAUGACGUCAACCUAAAAAUAGUAAUUCGCCAGUGAUUCCCUUGGGAUGAGUAAACUAAGCUCUGUGGUAAACAUAACUUGACGAUACUUGGACAUUUUGCUCAAUGUAAAUUGCAUACACCCCAUAUCGAAAACGUACAGAGCCCCGCACAUGAUAUGCAGGGAAAUAAAGUAAAUUGUGCACACUAUUUACUCGAUUUAUAAAUCAUACGCAUGAAUUACUAUUUUGUUCCUUCGAUUUAUAAAUCCUGCACAGGAUUUAAUAAUUCGUUCCCUCGGUUUGCUAAAUUGUUUGCAGGAUUUAAUAAUUAAUUUCCUUGAUUUGCUAAAUCGUGCGCACAAUUUACUAUUUUGUUACCUUAAUUUGCUAUAUCUGCUGCAAAAUUUACUAUUUCGUUCUCUCGAUUUCCUAAAUCGUGAAUUUUGAAGCUGUUAUGUUUAUUUUAAAAAAUGUGUUUUUAAUAAGUAACUAGAUUAGAAUGUUUGGGAUGUGAGUGUGUGUGCAUGUUUAUGUUUACAAAACGUACAAAUAAGUAUUGUCAAGUUAUGUUUACCACAGACUUUAUUUUACUCAUAAAUUGAAAAACCCACAGGAGAAUCUCGAGGGAAUCACUGGCGAAUUAGUCUCCUGGGUUUUGACGGAACAACUCUAUCGAUAUUUUAGCUGCUCAAAAUUUAAUUGACAUUAGUUUGAUUAUUUAAACAACACUUCUCACAUGACCAGAGAUGUAGGGACUUUGUGUCGUGAAGGUGACCCAGAAAGGAGUUCUGUCUAAAUCAUUUGUAAAUGCAUUCAUAUGUACGUUGUAGCAUUGAAAAAAAAAAAAAAAAAAAAAAAAAGUUCUGCGCAUGUAAAAUGAAUUAGUGGCCGAAAAAUGUUUGGAUUAAAAAGUAAGUUAUUAACUUUAACUCAGUUGGUUAUGGCGCUCAGUGAAUGUGGUGUUCUGUAUGAGACUUUGAGAGGAUGCUUAACAAAUGGUCAUGCCUGUGUAUACUUAAUAGAAGUUCACAUUACUUUGCAAGAAUGAUGUGUUCACUUUUGUCUUUUUAAGUGGUAUAAAUGACUGCAUAAAUACGAAUUUGUUUUGAUUUAGCAAGAAGUUCCUUUCAUUGCUUACAGUAUUAGGGUGUUCUUUAAGAGAACUGUGUAAUAAACAGGUUUUAAUGCAUUUUAAUUCGGCAAGAAAUAUUUUGCAUUCAGUCAUUUGUUUAUGUCUGAGGCUUGGCUAGUGUGGACGAAAAAUAUCUGGGUCAUAUUUUAUCUGCAAUAUAAACAGGUAAUACAUUUAUAUUUUGCAUUAAAAGAAUUAAAAUGAAGCCUGUUUUUAGGACCAUUACUUUUUUUUUUUUUUUUUGGCUUUGUGGCAACUGGACAUGUUAUCAUGAAUCUCAUGCUGUUUCAUUAUUCAGGACUAAAUUAACUGAAGCAUUCCAUAUACUAUAUAAUGAAGUCGGAAUUUAUCUGUGAACAAGGACCUAAAUGUGUGUGUUUGUUUGUUUUGCUUUGUUUUUAAUAACAUUAAUAAUUUUCUGAUUAUUUCAGAGAAAUUACCAUAAUAUUCAGAUUCACUGCAGACUGCUUUGUGGUGGCUCCUCGUUUUCACUAGAGGUUUGUUGUGUUUGAAAAGAACAUUUUAAUGCACACAUGCUAUUCCAGGUUUGUUUCUGUUCAGGAACACUUAAUUAUGCAAGCCUUUUAAUUUAUGGGAUAUAAGACUGGAGAAAUGUCUCUUGGAAUUCAUUAAAUGUCAUUUGUUCCCUUUCCUUUUAUAAAUGGUGAAUAAAGUGUGAUUUAAACAGCGA